AUGCUGAAGAAUGACCUCUCACUCGACAGAGCGCUUCAGCUGGAAAAAAAGGCUGUAGACACUGACGAUCUUUCCCACUCAGAGCCUACCGAAUUAGGCCGAGGGAUGAGGAAAAAGCAAGUGUUUGCUUUUCAUUAAUUUAUCUUUGUAGGUUUGUCCGCCAGCUCACCUCAGACGACGACGAGGAUGAUGAUGAUGAAGAAAUAGCUGCGCAAAGACCGAGACAAGAUAAUCAAUUAACUGCCUGGCCCACGCCGCCACGCAUUCUCCAGUAAGAAUCCGUGUAUAUUAUGCCAACUUUUAGACCACGCAAUAGCUCGGAAAAUACACCUUGGUGGAGAGACUCAAGCCAACCUACGCCACCAAGGGCUAAUCAGUACGCCGUUUCUUUUAAAGUUUACUUAAGGCUGCCCCGGGAACCAAGCACGACCGCGUUUGACAAACGGUUAUCACAGGUGCAGCACGAUGUUGAAUGCGUCCGGUAAGACUGUUCUGACUCUUGAUGACAUGCGAGUAGAAAGAAAGUUGAUUACGUUGCUGAGGAACUCGUCGAACUACGGGCUGACAUAACGCGGGUUAAGGCUACAAUGGCCGAAAUUUUAAAGGCCAUUCAGGAAUUACGUCUGCCAGCUGAAGCGAGGCCUCCUUCACUGAAGUUGCCUCUGUGUACGAAGGAGGCUUACAAGGCUUUCGUCAGUGAGCUUGAGAAGAAUGCUAGUUUCGCUCAAGACGCGGUAUGUACAUGUACUGACACUUCUUUAUUUGAAUGGAUUGUAGAUUAAACGUCUGGCGAUUACAGACGGGCGAAACGAGAAAGAGUUUGUCAGAAAUCUACUGACCACUCUACUCGGCCACUCCCUAUGCCUCAGUUUCUGCUGGGGCGGUGCAAGAGAUAAGCAGGCCUUCGUCGGCAGCCCCCUUUAUGGCCUUGUUAUUGGUAGGAUAUUUAUUUUUAAGAUUACUUGUUCAGCUGCAAUUCGUGAACACGCCGCCUUCUCAAAUUGCACCGUUGACACAAUUCGCAAGAGUACAAUUGAUUGGUUCCACGGCGCGCGUGACAGAUACGGUGGCCGAUCAAAGCGGAGAGACAAUACCACUGCAAAUGCCACGGUAAAUUAA